AUGGCUGGUAACCUUGAGUCUUUAGCGAUCACAAUUGCGUACUACUUCUACAAUGGCCUUUUGACAAACAUGUUAACUGGGGCGGAAUACAGCUCCUAUGGAGCCACCCAGAAACCACUACGCGUGUCAACCCCAGUGAAAAGCAGUGAACAACUCUCAACAUACUUUCUCAAUAUGCCGUGUCGAUAUGCCACACCUAUUGUCGUACUCAACAUCGCUCUUCACUGGUUGGUUUCUAAGAACAUAUACUAUGUCUCCAUCAUUCCAUAUGGGCCCAAAGGUCAAGCAGGGGGUCUCGAUAGCGGAGAAAUUAGGUCAUUGGCUUAUUCGUCCUUGGCUACUUUUGUUUCUGUUCUGAUUGGGGCAUUGAUGGUGUGUAUACUGCUGGUACUAUCUAUACGGCGAUUAGACUCCGAGAUUCCAGUCACUCGGUCCUGCAGUGCCGUGAUCAGCGCAGCAUGUCACCCACCUAGGCAUGAGGAGUCAGAAUCUCAUAUUCUUGGGAAAAUGAAAUGGGGCGAGACUGCUCCACCAGCUUGGGUUCUGGAUUGGUUCGGUGUCAUUGAGGAUGGCAAAGGCAUUGCAGCGUGA